GCUCUUCUGAGUACAGCGGGGUGAGUGUGCAGAGUCUCUGAGUGGAGAGAGGGCUGACCAGUGUAUCUUCGUCUCCCUGAGGAAAGGUGCCGGCGAGGUGGACGACAUGGCCUGGUGGAAAGCUUGGGUUGAACAAGAGGGCGUCUCAGUGAAGGGCAGCCCCCACUUCAACCCAGACCCUGACGCAGAGACCCUCUACAAAGCCAUGAAGGGGAUUGGGACCAAUGAGCAGGCCAUCAUCGACGUGCUCACGAAGAGAAGCAACGCGCAGCGGCAGCAGAUCGCCAAGUCCUUCAAGGCUCAGUUUGGCAAGGAUCUCAUCGAGACCUUGAAGUCGGAGCUGAGUGGCAAGUUCGAGAGGCUCAUCAUAGCCCUCAUGUACCCUCCAUACAGAUACGAAGCCAAGGAGCUAUACGAUGCCAUGAAGGGCAUAGGAACCAAAGAGGGUGUCAUCAUCGAAAUUCUGGCUUCUCGGACCAAGAACCAGCUGCAGGAGAUAAUGAAGGCAUAUGAGGAAGACUAUGGGUCCAACCUGGAAGAAGACAUCAAAGCAGACACCAGCGGCUACCUGGAGAGGAUUCUGGUGUGCCUCCUGCAGGGCAGCAGAGAUGACUUGAGUGGUUAUGUGGACCCAGGAUUGGCCCUGCAAGAUGCCCAGGAUCUGUACGCAGCGGGUGAGAAGAUCUGUGGGACGGACGAGAUGAAGUUCAUCACUAUCCUGUGCACACGCAGCGCCACACACCUGCUGAGAGUGUUUGAGGAAUAUGAGAAAAUUGCCAACAAGAGCAUUGAGGACAGCAUCAAGAGUGAGACCCAUGGGUCUCUGGAGGAGGCCAUGCUUACAGUAGUGAAGUGCACCCGGAACCUCCACAGCUACUUCGCGGAGCGCCUUUACUUUGCCAUGAAGGGAGCAGGGACUCUGGAUGGGACCCUGAUAAGAAACAUCGUUUCCAGGAGUGAGAUUGACUUAAAUCUUAUCAAGAAUCAGUUCAAGAAGAUGUAUGGCAAGACCCUCAGCAGCAUGAUCAUGGAAGACACAAGCGGUGACUACAAGAAUGCCCUGCUGAACCUGGUGGGCAGCGACCUCUGAAGCCUCAGAAGGACAAGAGCGAAGCCUAAGCAGGCGGAGUCACUGGGUCCUGCUUGCUCAGCCUUGGCCAUGGAUGGGGGUGGGGGUGGGGGAAGCCACAGCGCACCUUUCAGUCUUAUAUCUCCCAGCUUCUAGCACUUUCCACCCGGUUUCUCUGAUCCAGAAAGAAGGAUCAGCCUGGGACUCGUACCUCUACUGUCCUUCCAAGUCAAUUCCAGGUGUGAGCACAUUGCCAACCUUAGGAUAUACUGUGCCUGGUCUAACAAAUACCUUGAUGUGAAGGAGUCUGCAGGAGCUCAUAAUCAUUUCUUUCUCCCUACACAAGCGCUUCCCAAGCCUGCCUGAUCAGAGCCCCCUAGGCACAACUGACACAAAGACUCAGCCGCACCCCCAUCUACUAACCUAGAUCUGCAGAGAAAGGACCGGAGAAUAUGGCAUUUUAGUAAGUGUCUCAGCUGAUAUGCUUCUCUUUCAGACAACCAGAGAAGGCUGUGAGAACCUAUCUGUUUCAGAGCACGUACUCAUGGGCAGCUGAGAAAGGAACACAUAUAUCCAGGCCAGCUGGGCUGCCCAACAUUCAUUCACCAGCUUCAUCUAAAGACACUAGGCUGCAGGUAGAAGAGAAGUUCUCUCAUCAUCCUCCCAGCAGAGCAAGCUGAAAACUAACAUCCUGACAAGGACACUGUGUUCUAACAGGCUUGAGCUUCUCUAACUUGACAAAAUCAGGCCCUCCUUUCUUUCAUGACAGAGCGUGGAGAAUCUCUAAUGCUAACCAGUGGCAAUGGCAACUGAUUACAGGGGAACCUGAGAUGCCUGUGUUGAGCUUUUCAGAAUAAUAAAGAUUUUUACAAUGGAA